AUGCCUGUGCAGGCUGCUCAGUGGACAGAAUUCCUGUCCUGUCCAAUCUGCUAUAAUGAAUUUGAUGAGAAUGUGCACAAGCCCAUCAGUUUAGGUUGUUCACACACCGUCUGCAAGACCUGCUUAAAUAAACUUCACCGAAAAGCAUGCCCUUUUGACCAGACUGCCAUUAACACAGAUAUUGAUGUACUUCCUGUAAACUUUGCACUUCUCCAGUUAGUUGGAGCCCAGGUACCAGAUCAUCAAACAGUGAAAUUAAGUAAUCUGGGAGAGAACAAGCACUAUGAGGUUGCAAAGAAAUGUGUUGAGGAUUUAGCACUCUACUUAAAACCACUAAGUGGAGGGAAGGGUGUGGCUAGUUUGAAUCAGAGUGCACUGAGCCGUCCAAUGCAAAGGAAACUGGUGACUCUUGUAAAUUGUCAACUUGUAGAAGAAGAAGGUCGUGUAAGAGCCAUGCGAGCAGCACGAUCACUUGGGGAAAGAACUGUAACUGAACUGAUUUUACAACAUCAGAACCCUCAGCAAUUGUCUGCCAAUCUAUGGGCUGCCGUCAGAGCUCGGGGAUGCCAGUUCUUAGGACCAGCUAUGCAAGAAGAAGCCUUAAAGUUGGUAUUAUUGGCCCUGGAAGAUGGUUCUGCUCUCUCAAGGAAAGUUUUGGUACUUUUUGUUGUCCAAAGAUUGGAACCAAGAUUUCCUCAGGCGUCAAAAACAAGUAUUGGUCAUGUUGUGCAGCUACUGUAUCGUGCUUCUUGUUUUAAGGUCACAAAAAGGGAUGAAGAUUCUUCUCUGAUGCAGUUAAAGGAAGAAUUUAGAAGUUAUGAGGCUUUACGGAGGGAGCAUGAUGCCCAGAUAGUUCAUAUUGCUAUGGAAGCAGGGCUUCGUAUAUCACCUGAACAGUGGUCUUCACUUCUUUAUGGUGAUUUGGCACAUAAAUCACAUAUGCAGUCCAUCAUUGAUAAGCUUCAGUCUCCAGAAUCCUUUGCAAAGAGUGUCCAGGAGUUGACAAUUGUUUUGCAGCGUACAGGUGAUCCAGCAAACCUAAACCGUUUGAGGCCUCAUUUGGAGCUUCUUGCAAAUAUAGAUCCUAAUCCAGAUGCUGUCUCUCCAACUUGGGAGCAGCUAGAGAAUGCAAUGGUUGCUGUCAAGACAGUGGUACAUGGACUUGUGGACUUUAUUCAGAACUACAGUCGUAAAGGCCACGACACACCACAGCCUCAGCCAAAUAGCAAAUAUAAAACUAGUAUGUGCCGAGAUCUGCGACAGCAGGGAGGGUGUCCAAGAGGAACAAAUUGUACAUUUGCUCAUUCUCAGGAAGAGCUUGAAAAAGAUAUAAUUUUUCCUCUGAGGACUGCUUUAGCUGCACCCCCAAAAUUUUGGUAUCGUUUAAGGAAUAAAAAGAUCACGGCAACUGUCCGAACAUUUCCUCUCCUAAAUAAAGUUGGUGUAAACAACACAGUCACAACCACAGCUGGAAAUGUCAUUUCUGUCAUAGGAAGUACUGAAACAACUGGGAAACUUGUUCCAAGUACCAAUGGGAUUUCAAAUGCAGAAAACAGUGUUUCCCAGUUAAUUCCACGUGGUGCUGACACCACAUUAAGAGCUCUGGAGAAUGUGAAGAAAGUAGGGAAGGUUGGAUCCAGUGGUCAGAAUAUCUCUGGGGCAUCUGCAGAAUCUGUAACUGAAAAUAAAAUUGGUUCUCCACCCAAGACUCCUGUAAGUAAUGUAGCAGCUACCUCAGCUGGACCCCCUACUGUUGGAACAGAGCUGAAUUCUGUGCCUCCGAAAUCCAGCUCAUUUGUAACUAGAGUACCUGUCUAUCCUCAGCCCUCUGAAAGCAUUCAGUAUUUUCCAGAUCCAAGGACUCAGAUAUCCUUUGAAGUUCCACAGUACCCACAGACAGGAUACUACCCACCACCUCCAACGGUACCAGCUGGUGUGGCUCCCUGUGUUCCUCGUUUUGUGAGGUCCAAUAAUGUUCCAGAAUCUUCCCUCCCACCUGCUUCCGUGCCAUAUGCUGAUCAUUACAGCACAUUUCCCCCUCGAGAUCGAGUGAAUUCUUCUCCUUACCAGCCUCCUCCUCCGCAGCCGUAUGGACCAGUUCCCCCAGUACCUUCCGGAAUGUAUGCUCCUGUGUAUGAUAGUCGGCGCAUCUGGCGCCCACCAAUGUACCAACGGGAUGACAUUAUUAGGAGCAAUUCUUUACCUCCAAUGGAUGUGAUGCAUUCGUCUGUCUAUCAGACGUCUUUGCGAGAAAGAUAUAGUAGUUCCCUAGAUGGGUAUUAUCCAAUGGCUUGUCAGCCACCUAGUGAGCCAAGGACAACUGUACCUUUACCAAGGGAAUCUUGUGGUCAUUUGAAGACCAGUUAUGAGGAUCAGUUAAGACGAAAACCAGAACAGUGGGCGCAAUAUCAUACCCAGAAAGCACCCCUUGUUUCUUCAACUCUUCCUGUGGCAACACAGUCACCGACACCGCCUUCUCCUCUGUUCAGUGUAGACUUUCGAACCGAGUUCUCCGAGAAUGUAAGUGAUGUACGUGGUACAAAAUUUGAGGAGGAUCAUCUUUCACAUUAUUCACCCUGGUCCUGUGGCACCAUAGGCUCUUGUAUAAAUGCCAUUGAUUCAGAGCCCAAGGAUGUCAUUGCUAAUUCAAAUGCUGUGUUAAUGGAUCUGGACAGUGGAGAUGUUAAGAGAAGAGUACAUUUAUUUGAAACUCAGAGAAGGGCAAAAGAAGAAGAUCCUAUAAUUCCUUUUAGUGAUGGACCCAUUAUCUCAAAAUGGGGUGCAAUUUCUAGAUCUUCCCGGACAGGCUACCAUACCACAGAUCCUAUUCAGGCCACUGCUUCCCAAGGAAGUGCUACUAAACCCAUCAGUGUAUCAGAUUAUGUCCCCUAUGUCAAUGCUGUUGAUUCAAGGUGGAGUUCAUAUGGCUCUGAUUCUACUUCUUCAGCACACUAUAUAGAAAGGGAUAGAUUUAUUGUUACUGAUUUAUCCAGUCAUAGAAAGCAUUCCAGUACUGGAGAUCUUCUAAGCAUUGAACUUCAGCAGGCAAAGAGCAACUCAUUGUUGCUUCAGAGAGAGGCUAAUGCAUUAGCCAUGCAACAGAAAUGGAAUUCCCUAGAUGAAGCCAGUCACCUUACCUUAAAUCUUCUGAGCAAGGAAAUGGAAUUGAGAAAUGGAGAGAGUGAUUAUACAGAAGAUACAACAGAUACUAAGCCUGAUAGAGAUAUUGAAUUAGAGCUUUCAGCACUUGACACUGAUGAACCUGAUGGUCAAGGUGAACAAAUAGAAGAGAUUCUGGAUAUACAACUUGCUAUUACAUCUCAAAAUGAUCAGCUUCUGAAUGGAACUACAAUGGAAAAUGGCCACCCACUAAAGCAACACCCAAAGGAACCAGUGGAACCCAAGAGACAAAGUUUAGGUGAAGACCAUGUGAUUCUAGAGGAACAAAAAGCAGUCCUGCCGGUAACUUCUUGCUUUAGCCAGCCAAUCCCAGCAUCCAUUAGCAAUGCAAGUUGCCUGCCAGUCACCACAUCUGUCAGUGUCAGCAAUCUCAUCUUGAAAACGGCUCAUGUUAUGUCUGAGGAUAAAAAUGACUUUUUAAAGCCUGUUGCAAAUGGGAAGAUGGUUAACAGCUGAAAGGAGGUCCAUCUUUGAAAUUUGUGACCACACAAUGGAAGCAUUUACACUAGCUUUUUAUAUAUAUAUAUAAUAUAUAUUAUAUAAUGUAUAUUUUUUUUAAAAAAAAUAAUACUGGGGGCAUCCAUUUCCUGUGGACUCUUUGAUACUUUGAGCCCUCUCACAUUAGCAUUCUGAAAAAAAAAUAAGAAUUUACUUUAUUAGGGUAACAAGUUCACUUUCCAGAAAUGAUUGGAAUUUGGACAACAUUUUACUUAAGCUUAAAGCAGCUUUUUAUGAGUUUGUAGCAAUCCGGUGCAGUAACUGAGCCAUUCUUCUUUCAAAUGGCUUCUAUGAAAAAAAAUUAACAACUCAGUUAUAUUAAACUAGCAGGAUCCUACAAUGAUACAUCUAGUGAAAGUCAACAUAACUAACUUAUUUGUUUCUUUUUUGGUUCAUUGAGAGAGGAAUUCCCAUCUUCUCACUGCAGCUGCUUUAUUUAUCUUUUGUUAUGGAACUUUGCAUGAGAUUUUUUUUUUUUUCCAUUUUGAAGAGUGAAGGUAGGCAAUCUUGCCUUAAGUUUUUACAGGGUUAACACACUAGCUUUGCUUUACUGCAUAAUGUGUAGGAGUGUGGUACAGUGCUUUGCUAUAGCAUUACAGUUUAAAAAAAAUUCUCAU